AUGGCGAGGUUAUCAGGACUUCAAAGAGAUGUUCUCGCGCUUUAUAGAAAGUGCUUGAGAGAAAGUAGAAAGAAGCCGGCUGAGGCAAGAAAGCAUUUUGAAGCAUAUGCGAGACUGGAGUUCAGCAAGAAUAUAACUUUAGACAAGAAGGAUUUCAAUACGAUUGAGUACCUUCUGCGAAAAGGGCAGCGACAGGUUGACAUGUAUUCUUCGCCUGGUAUCAAAGAUAUUCGAUGA